AACGAGAGAAAUAUAGUGAACAAAAAUUAAUAUUGCUAGCAUGCGUGAAGUGGAGAGAAUAUCAACAACAAUGAAGCAAAACAAUUUUUAACAUUUGCUGACAAGAUUUGCUGAGAUCAAACAAACAGAAUGGAGUGAAAUAACUGUGAAGAGGCAGAUAUAAAGACAGUAUGUCUCGACAUUCAACAGAUACUAGAACAUCAUCAAAAACUGUUACAGAUAUUAAGAAUAUACCAGCCAGGAGACUUUACAGAGGUGUUUUGGAGUAUGCACGCAGGUUAGAAAAUGGUCGACAACACAGGAGGAAUUUAAUGAGUGUUUUUCAGUCAGAGCAAGUUGGCUUAAGACAUAAACUCCGAGAUGCAUGUGAAAAACUCAUGUUCUCACAUCCCAUAGAAUAUGGCCGAAAAGCCGAAGAGUUGAUUUGGAGAAAAGUAUAUUAUGAGGUUAUUCAACUUGUCAAAAGCAAUAAGAAGUUCAUGAAAUCUGGUAGUAGAUUGGAACUUUUAUAUAAAGAGUACUUGUCAGCAGCAAUUGGAUAUUAUCAUCAUCUAUUACUAAAACUACAAGCAAAGUAUCAACCGCAUAUUGCCGUCGAUUGGCCAUUUGCAAGCAGUCCUCUGAGUGAUAAAUAUAAAAGAAGGAGGGAAGUCACCAUUUUAUCAGCAGAACAAGUCAAUGAACCAUCAACGGACAAAGAUGUUUCAAAAAUAAAAAAAGUAAAAUCUCAUACUAUUCUGAGCAAAAAAUCAAAAAAUGCUGAUAGAGAUACUCCAGAAAAAGUUAUGACAAUUGAUGAAUGGGCCCAGGAAACAUCGUACCGAAUCCUCCUAUGUCUUGGUGAUCUAGGUCGAUAUUUAGUGGAGCACGGAGGUUCAAGAUCUUUUGCUGAAAGAUUUUAUCAGCUCGCACUGCUGGUGAAACCAAAUAUUGGUAUGCCAUUCAACCAACUCGGCACAUUGGCCGGUCAUCAUACAUGGUGGGGAUUGACUGCAGCCUACUAUUAUUACAGAUGUUUGGAAGCUGAAAAUAGAUUUGAUGGUGCUGAUGGAAAUUUACAAAAACUUCUUGAUCGAAACAAGAAAAAUUUCUAUCAAAUACCAACUGAUGCAUUGGAAAACAUGAUCAGUUCUGAAGAAUACAGAAAAGAGCACACCAGAAUUUUCAUCAUAUCGUUUUUAUAUUUGUGUGAUUUGUUACGACCAAAAACCUAUGCAACUGAUGUCGAAAUUACAGGUUUAUGUAAAAAAUUGAUCGAUGCACUACCGGUAUGUCUUUCGCAUUCCUCACAUUUACAAGAUGAAAAAACUUCAGGUCAUAGUAACAACAAACGUGAAAAUGGAAAGUCGAAAUGGGAUGUUGCAGGUUUGGUUCAUCAUCACCACCAUCAUCACAAUGGAGAUUUUACAUUUCUUCAGCAGCAUAUUAUACUGAAAAUGUGUACUCUAUGCAUUAUAAACAUACAUAGUUUGCAGUCAUCUCGAUCAAAUCGACUAUCUGCUGCAAUAGCAUUUGCUCUUGCAUUCUUCUCUCAUCUUCUUGGUCACGUCAUUUCAUCACUUAUUCCUGAUGAACCAAAACCAGAGACAAAUGAUACAGUGAACAGCAUAUUGCAAGAUGAAGAAGAAGAAGAGCAAAUUCAGUCAAAAACAGAAACAGGUGAUGGUGAUGCUCCUCGUGCAAAAUCAUCUGUUAACAAUAAGAGGAAAAAGAGUAGAAUGAUGAGGAGAAGAAGACAUAGAGGAUCUGGUGAUAGUGAUCUAAGUGAAGGGGAUUUGUAUUCAGGUUCAGAUGUGUCAGAUUCUGAAAACGAUUCAAAUGAUUCAGAUUCGUCAUCAACAACUUCUACUAAUUCUGAAUUAAGUCAGGAAGGAAUGGAUGAAAUUAUUCUUAACAAUUCAAAAUCGGGUAAUGAGAAUAAAAAAUCAGAUAAUGACAAAACUAAAUCGGACGAAGCAACAAAAAAUAUGGCAAUUGUGGAUAAUCAUGCUGGACUUGAGCUUGCUAAUAGUUUGGCGAAUGGUCCAAGUACUCUUGCAAGCUUGAAAGAUAUUUCACAGAAAAUGUUCCAGCCUACCUCAAGACGAAGAAUUCUUUUAGCUCCAUCUUUUUUUAAUAAUGUAAAUAAACCGAUACCAGCUGACGAUAAAGUUGUUAAUGGCGAUAAUAAAGGCAGUGGUGAUGAAAAGAAACAAGUCAAAACAGAGGAUGAAAAUGUAGUCAAACAAGAAGAGCAAAAUCAGGACAAAAUCAUUGAGAAACAAAAUAGUGAGGGUGAUAAAGAUGAUAACCAAUUAAUAUCUGAUGAAAAAUCUGAAAAUAUUCCAACUGAUGAAGCAGAUAUUGGAAAACAGAAUGGAGGUGAAGAUCACCCAUUGUAUGACAAUGCAACAAUGUCGCAAAAAAUAUUUGAGACAGCUGGCUCACUCCACCAAUUGUUUGCAUCUGUAAAACUUCUAUGUGACUGGCUUGAUGCAAAUGAAAAAGUUACGGCUGCUUGUGCUCAGAACUCUAAAGCAUUGUGGAGUAGAAUUGCUAAACUUGCUAGCAUGCUGCCUAAUGAGGAGGAAAUGUUAAAAAUAGAUGAAGUGCAGUCUGAUGAAAUGCUACAAUCUCAACUAACCAUCGCAAAAUCAUGUGCUACCUCAGCAAAGAAAUGGAAGCAAAAGUCAAAACUUCCCGAAGAUUAUAUUCUCAGUCAAACAACUAGUUCUGUUAGAUAUGCAGAUGACAAGAACAAAAAAGUUGAAUCGUUGAUCUGUGAUUUAACGGAUAUUCAACAGGUUGUGAUACGCCUUUGUAGAAUACGAAGCUUCUGUCAUUCACUGUCGUCUGUGGAAGGCUUGGGAAUGAAAUAUGAUGAAAUAACAGGCAAAUUUAAAGGACCAGAUGAACCAUCUGAAGAUGAUGCAGAACAUUUAGAUAUUGAGACUGUGGAAGAAAUGCGUAAGACCAGACUUAUGAAAGACAUGGCAGAACUAAGACUGAGAAAUGAAGUAAAUGCCUUGGAAAGCCAGCUUGGAACACCACGUACUCAAGAUGCCGGCCUUUGUCUCUAUCUUGUACCAGAUGCCUUGGCAUUGUGCCAUGAUCUGGGGCAUCUCAGAAAACUAUUGUCCUUCGAAAGAUAUUUUAUUGUGAUACCAAAAACUGUUAUUGAUGGACUUGAUGGCUUGAAAAAAGAUCUCCAAGGUGCAAGAGAUGCGAUUCGUUUCCUGGAAACUGAAUUUAAGAAAGGAAACAGAUUCAUCAAAGCGCAAAUGGCCGAAGAAACCAGCCGAGGAGUCCAAGGCGAAAGACCGAAACUCAGACGAAACGAUAUGCAAGCUUGGAGAUUUUACCGAAUCAUUGAAUGUUGUCGAUAUAUAACACAACAGAAAGCGAAGGAGGAUAACAGCGAUACUAACGGCUUGGUCGCUAUAUUGACACAUUCGACUGACAAAUCAACAUUGUCGCAGAAUCAGAUCAAUGCAAUAUCUGCCGCUGAAGGAUUUGGAAUACAGGUUUUCAGUGCAAUGCAGUUUGCUCAGCUUGCGAAGAAACUGCCUCCACAAUCGAAAUAGUAAAUCAAAUGCCUAGAAUAGAGAACAUCGUUCGUCCCCAGGAAAGAAAACCUGUCAAGAAUCUAUUCAACAUAAAGUUUUUAACGCAAAAUUCGUCACAUGCCCAAAUCAAGGGCAAUGCAAGUGAAAGUGUCACUCAAUAUUAUUAAAAAAAGAUGUAGCUAUGGUCUUUGUUCACUCUCGCCCCUCUCUCUUGGGGUAAUACCCCUCUUUCUCGCUUCCACAGCAAUUAUUACUCCAAAUCAUUGUAUUGAGUAUAUUUUAUGAAGACGAUCGUGCCUUAUAAUUCAAGUCACAGCCAUGUUUUUAUGUAAAUUGCUAAUGAAAUAAAAUACAUCCAAUUUGG